UUGGUGAACGUAAAUUCGAGAUUAGAUUCCACACUAUAAUAUAGUUCACGGGAAGAUGGCGCAAAAUGACUUCAAGAUCAUUGCGUAAUUUGCCGAGCCAAUCUCGUUUGAUAUCGCAAAAGUGGUCCCCCUGUACGUCACGAUCCACUGUCAAAUGUCAAGCAACAUCCAAGCAAAAUAAAGUGACGACCAAAGGCGGAUCAGUACAGGGUACAUGUUCAUGUCAAUUAAUUAUUUAUGCGCUAAUGGUGACUCGAUGCCGUGAACAAAGUGCCUGAAGAGAACUACGUAAUUGUGAAUUUUAGUUAUAAAACGUCUGUUUCCGGGGAGACUAGUUUUCAUGGGAUCUGCAGUCGUGAGCUUUGUCUUGGAAUUAAAAUAGUUGGAGGCCAACAUUGCAGAUAAGUGGCGCAACGAAAGAUUGCAGGAAGAGAGAGCGCAUGUUCGGGGGCUGUGUGCGGCGUGAGCGAUGUGCAACAAUGUGAAGUUGAAGGCCGAGCAGUUCCUCCAGGACCUGUUAAUCGAACCGAAUCUAGGCGAGAAUGAGAGCCUGAAGGUGGGGCGCUACGGGAUUUCAGCAGAAGAUUUGCAGGCGGAAGUGGUGAACUGGUGCCUCCAGUACCUUGCCUUGAAAAAGUGCCCGACACACCUGCUCUGGGUGAUUGUGAAUCGGGCGUCCCAGAAGCGCAAUGCAUUUCUCGAGGGCGACUUGUUUACCAAUGGAAUCUAUGACUCAGCCAAAGUGACGCAACUACUCAUCUCGACCGUCCAAGAGAUCGUCAAGAGCUUGCUGGAUGGCGACAAACAGACGCUAAACUGCUCCGCAGAAGUGGUAGACUCACCUACCACGUCCGAAUGCAGCGAGCGGAAUCGGCGCCGGACCAACGAGGAUCGCUUCGUAGUCAUUCCCGACCUGAUGAGUACGUAUGAGUUGAAACACCCCCACCCGUUGGGAUUCUACGCCGUAUUUGACGGGCACGGCGGCACAUUCGCCGCGUCCUACAGCGCCGUGCAUUUGCCUUACUUUUUAGCCUCGAAUCUAGCGGCAGGCGAGAACUGCCUGACCGCCAUCUCAAAUGCGUUCAACACCACAGACAGUGCCUUUUCGAAGAAAUGCGAAGACGUGAAGGUUCGAGGAGGCACCACAGCCGUGUGCGCGCUCUACGAUGCAAAGCAGAGCCAGCUCCAUGUCGGAUGGGCUGGUGACUCUAAAGCCCUCCUCGUAAAGGAGGGUCAACUCACACAAAUUGUUCGUCCACACAUUCCCACCGACCCCAAAGAAUCUCAGCGGAUCACGGAGCAAGGGGGUUCCAUCAUGUAUUGGGGCGGAGUUAUGCGAGUGAACGGCGCACUGGCGGUCUCUCGCUCGAUUGGCGACGUCCCGCACAAACCAUUCAUAAGCAGUGAGCCUGACAUAGAAACAGUAGUCCUGAACGGCAAGGAGGACUUCGUUGUAUUGUCGAGCGACGGACUCUGGGACGUUGUGUCCGAAGAAGCCAUUGCCAAUGAAAUCUACUCGACGCUGAGGGACAACUGCGAGGAGGUAGGCAACAUAGCAAGGAAGCUGGUGAACACUGCGAAGAACCUUGGCGCCUCCGACAACAUUACCGUGGUUGUAAUUUUCCUGAAGGACCCGCAGAGAAUCGCCGAACAGGUGCGGUCGGGUCUAAUUCCGCUUCUAGACUGUAGCUAACAUUUUUUUUACAUAGCCGCAUUGUUAUUUACCUAAGCAAAGAAAACAAAGUGCAAAUAAAGUAGAAAUUUUAAAAAUA